CUCUGUCCUCGUGGCGUUUAGCACCACCGAGCAAGGCGAGCGAACGGCAGCGUUGGUAGAGAGCGAGAGAUAGACAGUGACAGUGUGAGAAAGAGAGAGCCGCAUAACAACACCAUGACAGCACAGAACACAUACGACGUUAUAGUUAUUGGAGGAGGAAUAUCAGGGCUGAGUGCAGCUAAACUGUUGAAGGAGAAAGGGCUGAGUCCUGUGGUUUUGGAAGCUAGAGACCGGGUUGGUGGACGGACCUUCACCGUACAGAAUGAGCAGACUAAGUAUGUUGACCUGGGCGGGGCCUACGUCGGGCCUACUCAGAAUCGUAUCCUCCGAUUGGCUAAAGAGUGUGGAGUCAAGACCUACAAAGUCAACGAGGAGGAGAGACUGGUGCAUUAUGUAAAGGGGAAGUCCUACCCAUUCAAAGGCUCCUUCCCCCCCAUGUGGAACCCAUUCGCCCUGAUGGACUACAACAACCUGUGGAGGAAGAUGGAUGAGAUGGGCUGCGAGAUCCCCAGAGAGGCUCCAUGGAAGGCUCCACAUGCUGAGGAGUGGGACAAGAUGACCAUGAAGCAGCUCUUUGAUAAGAUCUGCUGGACCAGUUCUGCGAGGCGGUUCGCCACUCUGUUUGUGAACGUGAAUGUGACCUCUGAACCCCACGAGGUGUCUGCCCUGUGGUUCCUCUGGUACGUCAAGCAGUGUGGAGGGACCAUGAGGAUCUUCUCCACCACCAACGGAGGACAGGAGAGGAAGUUUUUGGGAGGUUCCAGCCAGAUCAGUGAGUGUAUGGCCAAAAAACUGGGUGAGCGGGUCAAGAUGGAGUCUCCUGUCUACAAGAUCGACCAGACAGGGGACAUGGUCGAGGUCGAGACGCUCAACAAGGAAACAUACAAGGCCAAGUAUGUGAUUGUGGCAACCCCUCCUGGUCUGAACUUGAAGAUGCACUUCAACCCCGAGCUGCCCCCUCUCAGAAACCAGCUGAUCCACAGGGUCCCCAUGGGCUCUGUCAUCAAAUGUAUUGUCUACUACAGAGAGAACUUCUGGAGGAAGAAAGGGUACUGUGGCACUAUGGUGAUUGAGGAGGAAGAGGCCCCCAUUGGCUUGACUCUGGAUGACACAAAGCCCGAUGGGACUGUGCCCGCCAUUAUGGGCUUCAUCCUGGCCCGCAAGUGCAGGAAGCUAUGUGGACUGACGAAAGAGGAGAGGAAGAAGAGGAUCUGUGAGAUCUACUCCAGAGUGCUAGGCUCAGAGGAGGCUCUGCAUCCUGUGCACUAUGAGGAGAAGAACUGGUGUGAGGAGGAGUAUUCUGGAGGCUGCUACACUGCUUACUUCCCCCCUGGUAUACUCACCCAGUACGGCAAGGUUCUCAGGGAGCCAGUAGGCAGGCUGUACUUUGCAGGAACAGAGACAGCUACUGAGUGGAGUGGCUACAUGGAGGGGGCUGUUCAGGCAGGGGAGAGGGCUGCCAGAGAGGUCAUGUAUGAAAUGGGCAGGAUUCCACAGAGUCAGAUCUGGCAGACAGAGCCUGAGUCAGUGGAAGUCCCAGCAAUCCCGUUUGUCACCACCUUCUGGGAGCGAAACCUUCCAUCUGUGGGCGGGUUCAUCAACUUCCUGGGCGUAGCCUCGGUCCUGUCUGUUGCCACUGCAGCAGGCAUGUUGGCCUAUCAGAAGGGGCUUCUCACCCGGUGCUAAACCUAAACCCCUCCCACCACCUCCUCUCCUGCAUCUCCAGAGGGCAAUUCUCUGACGGCACACUAUUCCCUUUACAGUGCACUUCUUUUGACCACAGCUAGAGUAGUGCUCCACUUUUGACCACAGCUAGAGUAGUGCUCCACUUUUGACCACAGCUAGAGUAGUGCUCCACUUUUGACCACAGCUAGAGUAGUGCUCCACUUUUGACCACAGCUAGAGUAGUGCUCCACUUUUGACCACAGCUAGAGUAGUGCUCCACUUUUGACCACAGCUAGAGUAGUGCUCCACUUUUGACCACAGCUAGAGUAGUGCUCCACUUUUGACCACAGCUAGAGUAGUGCUCCACUUUUGACCACAGCUAGAGUAGUGCUCCACUUUUGACCACAGCUAGAGUAGUGCUCCACUUUUGACCACAGCUAGAGUAGUGCACUUCUUUUGACCACAGCUAGAGUAGUGCUCCACUUUUGACCACAGCUAGAGUAGUGCUCCACUUUUGACCACAGCUAGAGUAGUGCUCCACUUUUGACCACAGCUAGAGUAGUGCUCCACUUUUAACCACAGCUAGAGUAGUGCUCCACUUUUGACCACAGAUAGAGUAGUGCUCCACUUUUGACCACAGCUAGAGUAGUGCUCCACUUUUGACCACAGCUAGAGUAGUGCUCCACUUUUAACCACAUAGAGUUCUGGUCUAAAGUAAUGCACUUUAUAGGAAACAGGUUGCCAUGUGAGACGUUACCACUCUGUGUCAUAGGCCUUGGUAAAGACUGUUCAGCUCUGUCAUUCACUACUGUACCGUCCAUUGUUCUAAAAACCUCCAUCCUCCACAGUGUCCCAACACAGGAUCUAUCAAGACCAGCUCACAAUAAUAUUGUCUGUUCUGCUAAGAUUGCUCUUUGAUACCUGAGAUGGGAGAUGAGAGAGAAUCCCUAGCUAACAAUAAGUCUGUGAUUCAGACUCUCAAACCAAUGAAGGACGACAACUAAAUCAGAGUUAUUGAAACAGUAGCUUUCCCAAUGAAGUUAUCAUUCACAAAUCUGCAUUGACUGUUUGAGACUGUGUGUUAAUUACCUCUGCUGAUUUUAGGUCCUUCUGUAGCUCAGUUGGUAGAGCAUGGCGCUUGUAACGCCAGGGUAGUGGGUUCGAUUCCCGGGACCACCCAUACGUAGAAUGUAUGCACACAUGACUGUAAGUUGCUUUGGAUAAAAGCGUCUGCUAAAUGGCAUAUAUUAUAUAUAUUAUAUUAUUAUAUAUUAUAUAUCAAGCCCAUUGAAAAGAUUAGGGGACAUCACCUCGAAGUAAAGCAGGAGGUGUGGAUACUUUCAGAGGGUAUUGAGCUUGCUUCUAACUACAGCUAAUUUGCCCAUGAUACUGAAUAAGUCCAGUUUCACAGUAUUUUCAGCAGAUAUUCCUCUCUUCUCCUAACAAAUAUGUAUGAAACAGAUUUCUAUCCAAUAAUAAAGAUCCCUCUAAAAAUAAAAAUAAAACAGUGGAAGAAAAUCAAAUGUGAGUGAAAUAACAUGAAUAUCUAGAUCUAUAGACGAACAGAAUUACUGCUCUGAGUAGAUAAGAGGAUCAACCUGUGAGAGCAUCCGUUCUGAAGCAUACUGUACGGUCGGUCUUACAGUGAGUGGUGGAACAUUGUGAUGUUGUCCCUAAAGACGUGUGCGUACGCCGUGAGUGUAGUCCAUCUUGCCUUAAUAUAAGUUGUGGUGUUUUAACAUUUUUGCAAGUGCCUGUGUAACUCACACUCAUUUCCCAUCCCCCCUUCCGCUGUACCCCCCUGUCUGGUUCAUUUGGCGUUAACUGGAGCUCAUUGGUCACUUUUGGAUUGAGUGCUCAUUCUGAUAUGUCUUAAUGUCUUGUUCUUGAUUUUUUUUUACAUUUGUGUAUUGUUACUGUUUUGCUAGAUAUUGCGGCACUGUUGGAGCUAGAAACAUAAGCUUCAUGCUGCACCUGCGAUAACAUCUGCAAAAAUGUGUACGUGACCAAUAAAAUGUCAUUUGAUUUUGACACCUUCUUAGGC